AUGUAUUGGACCUUCCAGACGUCGCGCAUCUCUUUCAGUCAACGUCGCGUCGACCGUCGUGGUCCGUCGCUGCCUUCAAGCUCACAUUUCAAUGCUCACGAGCACCGCCUGGCCUCGACGCGGGCUCUCGCGUCUUCGGGCCCAAGCUGGCGUUUCUCUCGGGCUCAGCGCCGCAUUCAUCACCCGUCAAGCUUCGAGGAGCUAUCGCACCCUGCCAUCCUAGUCGGCGUCAAAUCGACCGCGGCCGUGUACCGUUACGCUUUGAGCGCCAGCUACCUACGCCGCGCCGGACGAAGGCGCGGGUCCUCCCUCGCGUUGCGCGCCGCGGCCGUCCGCACGCUCGAGCACCUCUUCCGCCGCAUCGGCGCUUCCGUCGGCGCCCCGCCUGACGUCGGCGCCGGCGAGUCCAUAUCCGUCGCGACCUUCCUCGCCUGCCCUCGUCGCGAUGGGCGCAAGAGCGCUCCAUGUCUCGUCGCCUCCUUGUUCGUGUCUGCCGUUCACGUUCGUUGCUUAUCCCGUCGUUUCAGUUGUACCUCGCGUCGCGCGCGCGCCUUCUCUCGCGAGCGAUCGCUCUUGCUGUCUCCGCUUCGUAAUGCUCCGUUGUAUCAUCGUUUCCGCUCGCAAUGCACGCACUUCCUGCUUCUUCGCUUCAAUACCGAGUGA